GUUAAACUUUACAACAAUUACAAUGUGAACAAGCGGAGUUCUUUAUUAUGUUGAUAACAAGUUGGAAUUAAAAUGGGAUUCCAAAGGAAGUUUAAUACAGGUGAUAUGAUUACAUAUCUACUCAUCCUUCUACUUCAAGUGCAGCAUGCAUUCUCACAGGGAGCUGAAGGCUUCUUCAACGGUUCAUCUUUUGCAUCCAUAAGUACUUUAUUUGACCCUCGUGCAAGGACUUCUCUCAGUUUCAGGACAUGCUCCAGCGGCCAACUCUUGUAUCAAGAGGGUAUUACUGGGGACUUUAUGAAAUUAGCGCUGUUACCUAGUGGUACUCUUGAGUUUUCUUGGCAGGUGAAUAGGCAUCGCCACGCAGUUACUCUAGGGUCUAAUCUCAUUGACAACCACUGGCAUGAUGUGGACUUAAUUCACAGACUGGGCUCUGUGACACUCUCUGUGUCGCGGAAGUCCCUACUCAUAGCAAAUAGUUCGAACGAGAAUAACUUGUUUGAUAUGCGACUAGAAAGUGCAAUUCCGCAACUGGUCGUUGGCAGAGGCUACACUGGUUGUAUCCUCCAAGGUGCUGGUGUUGUGUUAAAUGAUUCAAACGUCCACUCGGAAGAUGUUACCUGGGGUAAAUGCCCAUUACCUGACAGAGGGGAUUGUGAUGGUUAUAUGGUUGAUCAUUGCUUUAGCCAACCCUGCCACAAAUAUAGCAGUUGUGUAUCUUUGCCAAAUGGUUAUGAAUGUGUUUGUACUUCAAGAUAUUCUGGAAAAAACUGUGAUAUAGAUUUAGGUCCUUUAUGUAAUAAACUAGAAUACAAUCAAUGCCAAAAUGGAGGUGUUUGCCAAGAGGAUAAGUCAGGAAAUUCCACUACUUGUGCUUGCCCCCCGAAAUAUACAGGCGUUCACUGUGAGACAAUGAUUGAUAACACAUUCUGUGACUUCAUGCCUUGCCGUAAUGGCGGAACCUGUAACAUAAAUCAGUAUCGAGACAACUAUGUUUGUACUUGUCCACAAGGAUUUGCUGGUGUUGAUUGUGAAUUAAACAUUGAUGAAUGCCAAUCAUCUCCUUGUCAAAACAAUGGUUCUUGCACGGAUGAAAUAAACUCCUACACAUGUGAUUGUACCCGAACUGGUUACCGAGGCCCCAACUGUGAAGAGAAUAUCAAUGAGUGUGAGGAAAACAACCCUUGUUACACUGGGAGCCGAUGUUUUGAUCGUUAUGGAGACUACAUCUGUGAUUGUCCUCCUGGUUUUGGAGGAAAGAAUUGUGAUCAAGAAGUCAAUGAAUGCGACUCAAGUCCAUGUCAAAACAUGGGGACAUGUACAGAUAACCUGAAUAGUUACUUGUGCCACUGCGUUGCUGGUUUUGCUGGCAUUAAUUGUGAGGAAAACAUUGAUGAUUGUAAUGGAGUUUCUUGUCCAGAAAAUAGCCAUUGUGUUGAUGGAGUAAAUUCUUUUUCGUGUGUUUGCAAUCCAGGAUAUUCAGGUGCGGUCCCUCAUUGCCAAGAGAUUGAUGAGUGUGCUGAAGGUCCUUGCCUAAAUGGAGCCACUUGCCAAGACCAGUUAAAUGGUUUUGUUUGCACAUGUAGAGAAGGCUUUGUUGGUCGACAUUGUGAGAUGAAUAUAGAUGAAUGCAAUUCAGCCCCAUGUCAAAAUGGAGCAACCUGUGUGGAUGGAGCUGGAUCUUACACUUGUGAAUGUGUCACUGGAUAUUCAGGAAUGAACUGUGAAAUUGAUAUCAAUGAUUGUGAGCCCAAUCCAUGCAAGAACAGUGCUAUAUGUACAGAUUUGGUUAAUGACUACUUUUGUGAAUGUCUUCCUGGGUGGGAAGGUAAAACUUGCAAUGAAAAUAUUGAUGAAUGUCUUACCCAACCCUGCAUGCAUGGUCAGUGCGUAGAUUUCCUGAACAAUUUUACUUGUAAUUGUGACCCUGGAUACACUGGAAUGCUUUGUGAAGUAAAUAUAAAUGAAUGUGAAUCAAGUCCAUGCUUAAAUGGUGGGACGUGUACAGAUCUCAUCAAUGACUUUUCGUGCCAAUGUCCGGAAGAUUUCAUGGGAAAGAAUUGCCUGGAAGUCUAUGAUGCUUGCAGCUCAUCUCCAUGUAUGAACGAAGGCGAAUGCCGAACCAAUAUCCCAUCACAUGACUUCACGUGUGCUUGCCCCACUGGAUAUUUAGGACCUCGAUGCGAGGUCGACAUUGACGAUUGUGAAGGCAUUGUCUGUCCACCUGGCAAAAUAUGCAUUGAUCAAAGGAAUUCCUAUGAGUGCCGCUGUCCGAUCGGAUUCACCGGUGCUGAUUGCUCAACAAAUAUUGACGAGUGCAGCAGCAACCCAUGCGUCAACGGUACCUGCAUUGACGGCAUUGGGAACUAUGCUUGCCAGUGUCCUCCUGGACUCUCUGGGAAACAUUGUGAAGCCGACAUCAAUGAGUGCGAAAGUUCUCCAUGUGCUCAUGGUCUGUGCCAAAACAUGUUCGGUACUUAUGCAUGCUACUGCACUCCAGGUUAUACUGGCACAUUUUGUGACAUCGAGUUUAACGAAUGCCUCUCAAUGCCUUGCAAAAAUAAUGCAACUUGUAACGACAUUGUCAAUAACUACAGCUGCACCUGUGUACCCGGGUUUGCUGGCAUCAACUGUGAAGUGGAUAUCAAUGAAUGUGCUUCUGAUCCUUGUCAAAAUGGAGCGACUUGCAAUGAUUUGAUCAAUCGAUAUGAGUGUGCCUGUGUCCCUGGCUUUUCUGGGAUUAACUGUGAGAUUAAUAUAGAUGAGUGUGAAUCUCAACCAUGUUUGAACAGUGGAAGAUGCAUUGAUAUGAUAAAUCAAUUUGUGUGCAACUGUUCUGACACAGGAUUUUCUGGAAUGUUCUGUGAAAAUAACAUAGAUGAUUGUGAAUCAAAACCUUGCCAGCAUGGAGCACAGUGUGAAGAUAAGGUGAAGGACUACCAAUGCCAUUGCUAUGAAGGUUAUAGCGGCAAAAAUUGUGAAACAGAUAUAGAAGAAUGUGCUUCAUCACCUUGUCUCAAUAGUGCUCUCUGCUUAGAAAACUCAAAUCAGACACUCUAUGAAAUGAAUUAUCUAGGAUUCUUCCCGUCUUUUAACUACGAAACAGCCAGUGGAUACAGAUGUAUUUGUUCUUCUGGAUUUACUGGAGCAAACUGUGAAACCAACAUCGACGACUGCGAAAUAAAUGAAUGCAAAAAUGGAAUAUGCAUCGAUGGUAUUAACGACUACUACUGUGCUUGUCAUCUUGGUUAUGAUGGUCAGCAUUGUGGGAGGGAAAUCAAUGAGUGCCAAAUGCUUGAGCCUUGUGAAAAUGGUGCAACUUGCAUCGAUUUGAUUGCUGAUUAUAAAUGUGAUUGCUUGCCUGAAUAUGGCGGAAAGAACUGUCAAACUAACUUGCUUGGAUGUAUAAAUGCUCAUUGUGAAAAUGGGGCUACUUGUGUACCUGAUCUUGAUGAAAGAGGCAAUCACGUUCAUUCCUGUCUUUGCCCUCCGGGGUUCUAUGGUCGAUCUUGUGAAACAUCUACCACUGUUUCAUUUAAUACUAAUGACUCUUUGGUCGUUACACAUUAUAACGCCUUGCUGAAUGCAUUCAAACUGCAGUUUCAUUUCCGUACCACGCUUUCCAGUGGCCUGAUAAAUUCUGGAUACUUAUCAGGUAGUUCGAUUCAUUACCUGCUGUAUUUGUGGAAUGGCAUGAUCAAAGUUGAUGUCUAUGAUAGAAGUUAUCAAAUUGCAGAACUUUUCUCAAAGAAUGGCCAGAACGAUUCUUUGUGGAAAUCUGUGGAACUUAACUUUGUACCCAAAAAAGUUGCUCUCAAUGUUUCCGGUUGGGUGGUUCAAAAAUCUAUUGAUUUUCCAGAAUUGAACUACUCGGUGACUUUUGGUUCACUACAAAAUUUAAAUGUGAACAGUGGGGCACUAGUAAAUAGCUGGAAUUCAAUUCCUGAUUUCAUUGGCUGCAUUCAAGACAUAUAUAUUAAUGGUGACAUAAUCAUUCCAAAUCAGAACAGUGAACUCCGUGGUGCGCAAGAAGGUUGUUACAGAGAAGAACAAUGUGAAGGCUCUCCUUGUCAUAACGGAUAUUGCAAAGACAACUGGUUAGGCUAUGAAUGUAUUUGUUCACGUCCACAUUUUGGUGUCACUUGUCAAUACAGCUAUGAAGCUGCAACUUUUGGAUACAAAAAUGAAAGAAGCAGGGCAGAACUUUUAAUUCCUGAGGCUGAAAAACCCGUGCUGAGUCAACAAGUGGACAUAUCAUUUUUCUUGAGGACUAGAAACACAACUGGACUUGCUUUCUAUUUGGGCUCCAGACUGGAUGGUUCAAGCAACUGUAGUGAACAGGAAAGUGGCUCAUUCAUGCUUGCUAGGUUGGUGGAUGCCACGCUGCAAAUCAUCAUAAGGCAGCAAAAUAGUGAUAUAGCAGAACUGACACAUUUCAAAACCUUGAAUGAUGGAAAUUAUCAUUUUAUUCAAGUGAAACACAACAGCUCUUCAUUAAUUCUCAGCAUAGAUGGUGACAUCAUGGAGAAAAACCUUGUUUCUUUAAUAUGCAUGGAAGUUCUCUACAUAGGUAGCAUUCCUGAACCAACCAGACAGAAAAGACAAAUUGCUUUUCAUUCCCGUCACCAAAUCGACUUUUUGCUUCAAGAUGACAUCCCAUUUUUCAAAGGUGUUAUUCAAGAUUUUAGGAUAAAUGAUAAGGAAGUUGUAUUUUACAACCUUGAUGCUGUAGAUGAAGGUUUCCCCGAAGAGUUUGGGAAAGUUCAGUUCACAGAUAGUGUUCAGCGAUCAGUGGUCAGUGAUGAUCCUUGCAAUGCAAAUGCCAUAAGUCCAUGUCUUCAUGAAUCAAAGUGUCAGGACACGUGGAAUGAUUAUGUCUGUAUUUGUCCUGAUGAUUAUAGAGGCAAGAAUUGUGAAGAAAUGAAACCGUGUGCUCUACACUCUUGUCCAAGUGAUUCUGAAUGUAGAAAUCUUGAAAAUGGUUUUGAAUGUGUUGCAAGUGCAGCAUUUAAUGGAAAACAAAGUGGAAUACACUAUCAAGUUCAAAAUGUCAACAGCAAUAUAACAAAUAUCACAUUUUCUUUCCGUUCAAUGAGCAACGGAACUGUUUUGUGGUUAGAAAAUACUCGAAAAUUGGACUUUAACCAUUUUCUACACAUUGAAAUACUUUCUGGAACACUGAAAGUAAAGUGGGAUCUAGGCCCCUCUUUUGAUAACCUUUCUUUGCACAAAACAGUCAGCCAGAAGUUUGAUGCUAAAGGGGAGUGGCAACAGGUUGAAUUAUGGUUCGAUGAAAAUCUCGUUCACUUGAAAGUUUCAGACAAUCCCGAAAAUUUAUCGGAAGAUAACUACUCCACCGGCCUUACCGAACUUUUGAAUGGAGGUGCUGAUGUUUAUUUGGGAUACAGACCAGGAUUUUUUAACAACUUCAAGGGAUGUCUGAAUGAUGUUCGAAUAGGUGGACACCUGUUAUCAUUUUUUAAUGAAUCUGUCUUUCAAAAUAAUGACAACCCAUUCAAACUCGCCAAUAAAGAUAUUGAUUUGGGAUGCAUACUCUGCUGGGAUGAUGAUUGUGAACAAGGUACUUGCUUGAAUAGCUCCAGUUCCUAUGAUUGUGAUUGUUAUAAUGGAUAUGAAGGGCAAUUCUGUGAUAUAGAUAUGUGUGUUAAUAAAAGCCCAUGCAAGAAUGAAGGAGUGUGUUACCAUGAUCCUAUGAAUAGUGGAUUGAAAUGCACUUGCCCAAAAGAGUACACUGGCUCAAGAUGUGAGGAAAUGAAUUUAUGUCAUCCAAUGCCUUGUAAGAAUGGUGGAACUUGUAAUCAAGACGGCAACCAGUAUAAAUGUGCCUGUACAGAUUUGUAUGAAGGAAUGGAUUGUAGUGAACCUAAAAUUUUGGACUGUAGUGUUGUACAGUGUAAACGUGGAAAUUGCAUAAAUAUCGACACAUCAAGUGAAAGAAAGUUCAAAUGCUUGUGCUUGGAUGGAUAUGAAGGCAUUUUGUGUAAUGAAACCAUCAAUUUUUGUGCUAAAUCCCCUUGCCAGAACAAUGGAAGGUGCAGCCUUUAUGAAGGGUCAGAUUUUGCUUCCUAUCAUUGUCAGUGCCUGGAUGGAUUUGCCGGAGAGCAUUGUGAGCUCAACAUUGACGAGUGUGAGAACAGCCCUUGCAAAUAUGGGAAAUGCAUUGAUGGGAUUGGUGCCUUUAAAUGUGAAUGUUUUCCAGGAUACAAGGGAGAAUUCUGUGAAGACAAAAUUCGUCAUUGUUCUGAAAAAAAGAAUGUAUGCUACAAUGGAACCUGUGAAAAUCUUCAGGAAGGAUACCAAUGCAACUGCAAAGAAAAUUUCAUUGGCACCCAUUGCAGCGUGUACAAUGAAUGCCACGAGUCCAAGUGCAGCUAUAGAGGAUUUUGUCAGCCACUGAUGGAUGAAUAUGAGAUAAUAUUUGUCCAUCGUUGUGAUUGCAGUGAAGGAUAUAGUGGAAGUGACUGCACCACAGAGCUUGCUGUUCGAGAAAGUGGAGAUGACACUAAUUUGAUUUUAGUUGUGCUCAUUCCAAUACUCUCCCUCCUGAUUUUGUGCCUUCUGGUUGGCACCAUCGUGUUCCUCAGAAUGGCGAAAAAGAAGAGAGCCACCCGAGGUACUUACAGUCCUAGUCGACAAGAAAUGUUCGGUUCCCGCGUAGAGAUGAAUCAUGUGAUGAAGCCUCCUCCUGAAGAACGAUUGAUAUAAGCAACUUUGUGGAGUUGCUUUCUUUCAAUGUGAUUUUAAUUAUUGCUAUCAUCAUCCUCAUACGAGUUUUACCUCAAACUGAAAUUAGCAGUAGAGAUGUGGUUUUUGUUUCAGUGUUUGUUAUUCUGCCAUGGUAAAAAUUUGCCAUAUAGCACUUAUGAGCAAUUUAAGUAAUGGGUAAAUAUCAAUUUUAUGCAGUGCCUUCUUUUUACGGAGAAAAUGUCCGAAAUAAGCCAGCACUUGUUUAUCAGUGAAGCUAAAUUUGGCUAUAUAUAUUGUUCUUUUUUAGCAAUGACUUAUUUAGUGAAAUACUUAAAAUAAGUGCUAUGCAUAGCAGCUUGUGUGAGUAAAAAAAGCCACAAUUGGAUGAAAGAUAUUUAUUUAUUUAACCUGAAACUCAGACUGUAUAAGAGACGGAAUUCUGCUUUGAAUCACCGAUCAUUUGUUCAUACUCGAAGGUGUUGAAAAUUGCACGACUAGUUGACGUUUUGACAGAGAAGUCAAAAAAGAAAGGAAAAAGAAACAUCUAUUAAAAGUAAAAUACGAAGGGGGAAAACAAGUAGAAGUAGUAAUGCAUUGCACAAGUGCACUUAACUCAAUUUAAAACUGCCCAAAAUUCAGCCAGUUUGCUGCUAAAUUGAGACUUUGAUGCAAUCUUCAUUGAAAUACAAUUCUUUUCAAAGGGAUAAAAGUAACUAUUUUUAUAAUUUUUGUAAAUUUAUUUUGAAUUUAACACAUUAUAUACUUGUAGUUUUUUUAACUGGAGCAAGUUUUUCUUUUUAACUAGUAAAAAAUGAUAGUAUAUUUCAGACUGUUUGCAACUUUAAUUCUGACAUUUUGUCUCACAACCAGUGUGCUCUGAUGUGUGUAUAUCUUCAAGGGAAAGAUAAAAGCCACAGCAGUUUCAGUAGUUUUCAUAAAAUGAUUAAUGUACAAUCAAGGAAGUUUCAACCUUCCCCUGAUUUUAGUGAAUUUUUUUUUUCACAGAACAGGAUGCUGAUUGCAGUUAGGGUGAGGACAAAUCAAGAUUGACUGAUUAUUUUUCUCAUCAGUAAAAAUAUACCAAGAAAAACUCUAAAUUUUAAAGAAAAGUUGAAAAAUAACAUACAAUUCUUUUUUUUUUCGUUAUUUUAUUGAAGUAGCUUAUAAAAAUUUCAUUUCAUUGAAAUCAAUUUAGGAUAGAACAUUAUAUGUCCUUCUCCCCGAAGUUGACACCUAAUUAUUAUUAUCAGUCUUUGAAUAUUACAUAAUCAAAAAGAAUACUGGCAGUUUAGUUUAAAAGUGAAGCUUUUUUUUAAUGAGUAUGUAAUAUGUUAAUUUUUUAAAACUUUUACAAAUAUUGCAUCAAAGCAUUAAUUGUUGCAUAAUUUGUAGUGUAUUUUGAAUACGUUGUUGCAGCAUCAGAAAGCCUUACUAAAAUUGAAUCCUGCAUUUAUUACUUUAAGUGCAUAUAAUGCAUAAAAAAAUCACCAAUUUCAGUCUAUCUGCAUGGAAACCAGCACCUUAGUGCAGUGUAUUUUUUGUAAAUAUGUCCUUUGUGUGCAUGUGUGUAUGUACGUGUGUGAAUAUUUAUUGAAGUGUUGGUUGAAAUUUUUAAUUGCUGCAUCUAAUUAUAUAUUUGUGUUAUAAAAAAAAAAUUCCAUUUUUCCUCUCUAUGUGUAGAAAUUGAUUUAAUGAGCUUGUAAAAAUCUAAAAUAGUGAUUCUCUGCUUCCGGAAUGUUUAUUUUUAAGAGAAAUUUUUAAAAAUUUUAAUGGUAUAUUUUAUAAAUUGAAUUUUAAUUAAAAUAUUCAAUUUAUAGAUCUACAAUAAAUAGUAAAAGUAAUGUGCUGGUGCAUUCCUUUUACUUUUUAAGCAAAUCGGCGGAUUCUUAAAAUUCUUCAAAAUUCAUAUGAUUAAAACAGUAAAAUCUUAUUGGAGAAUACCUAUGCAACAAAAUAUGUUUCAACGAAAUAAAUGAGGAGUCCUGUUUUAUCGCCAUCACAUUGUUUGAAUUCCAUCUGUUUGAAGUUUCCAUCACAACAAACAAAAUUUGCAGUUCCUUAAAAUGUGUUGUAACUGAAUUUAACUCUGUAUAUAUGAAUGCAAAUGUUUUUUAAAUAAAAAAUUAAUUUGGAAUGAAAUAUAUUUUCCAAAAAAGAAUACAUUAUUUAAGCUCUGAAAAAAAUAUUUUAUUUGCUAAAACUGGUUGAGUUUAUAAUGUAAUUUAAUGAUCAUACUUAUAAAAAUGACGAAUUUUAUUUGAAUCACUCACAUGCAGAAGUUAAAUAUGUAUAUAGAUUUAUUCCAAGUUUUAUCAGAAGGACUAUUGAAUAUCUUUCAAUUAAUAUAUUUUAUUCUUGUUAGAUUUUAUCAAAUAGUUUACCAAAAUUUUAAUUUGAUACAAAUGUUCAUUGAGAACUUUUCUUAAUAGAUUUAUUUUGAAAAUAUUAUUGUAUGAUUAAUAUUGAUCAGAAAAUUGAAGUUGUGCUUAAUUUAAGGCUUUUGUUUAAUCUCCAAUCUAAAUAUUUUACCAGUUUUAUUCAGUCUAACAUCUUGUGAACGUUGUCAGAUGAAUAAAAUAGGAAAGCUUACAUAAUGCUCAUGCACAAUCAAUGCAGAGAAAAUAGUUUUAUUUUUCAAAUAUGAGGACAAUAUACUUUUCUGAAACUUUUGCAAGUGACGCUCUUAAAAACACACCUGAAUUGUUUUUUGGUUUUUAUGUCAAUUGUCUCAUGUAAUAUUACAUGUGUCCUUUAUAUAAAUAAUGACAUCCCUGACAAGUGCAACAUGCAAAGCUGUAGAUUUAAUUAAAUAUGCCUGAAAAGCUAAAUUUUGUUUCCAAAAAUGAUAAGAACCUCUUUGAUGUAUAUUAAAAGAGCUGUUUGAGAAAAGUUUGAUUAAAUUUUUUCUUGGCAAGGCAUUUCAAAAGUUUUCCAAGUUGCUUUCUUUGUCUUGAGGUUUUAAAAUGUCAAAUAUUAUGUUGUGAUAUUCAACACAAUUUUAAUCUGCUGAUAUGCAAAAAAAGUUAAGUACAGUGAAACCUGUGUAAGUUGACCACUUGCGGUGCACUAUUUUAGUGGUCAACUUAAACAGGUGGUCAACUUAUAGAGGUUGAAUUACAUGAUAUAGAUCUAAUUCUGUGCCUGAAAAUAGUGGUCAAGUUAGACAGGUGGUCAGCUUAACAGUUUUUACUGUACAUGCAAACUUUUAAUUGAUAGAAAAGUUGAUAAACAAUGGAAAGAAAUUUUUAAAAGGUUUUUACUUGGGUAAAGUCUUUUUAAUAGACAAAUAGUGAAUGUAAAUUUUUGAUAGAACAAUGAAAAUUUGUGAUUUAAAACUUAAUAAAAUUUAUUUUAAAAUAUUUUUAGAAAUUCAGGGGCUCAGACUAGUCAAAAACACAGAUGACCUCUUAAAGCAUGAAAUAUUAACAUUCCAUUUGCUCUAUAGCAAUUUACAAAUGAAACUAAAAAUUUGUUAACAUCCUCUGAGAGCUAAGUGUUGUUGGUAUAGAAUCCCUUAUGAUCAGAAACAUGAGUAAAUUGAUACAUUAAUUUUUACAAUGAGAGCAGUUAAGUUUGAUAAAUUCUUCACACAAUAACAAAAAUCUCAAACAUUUUGCCGUUUUCAACAUAUUAAAGUGAUUUCUUAGUCCUUUAUAUUUAUGAUUUUCUAUAAGUUGUUUAUAAAAACAAUGAACUUUCUAAAAUGAAUGUAACAAUUUAAUUUUGAGGAAUUUUUCGCAUAAAAAAAGUUUGGAUCUUAAAAAAAUAUUAAAGAGAACUCGAAUUCACCUACCUGUUCAAAUUGUUUUAAUGUGACAGUAACAAGGGAAAAAAUGUUUUCAAAAGAUUGAGAAAUGAUAAUUCAUUGUUUGUGAAAUGUGAUGAAACGAAAUAAUUGCAAAAGCUUUAAGUUUUCCUAUGAAACUUCUAUUUAUUUGCAUGCUAAAAAUUUCAAAACAAGUAAAGUGAUAUUUUCAUGUUCAAAGAUAUUUUUUCUACUGUAGUUUUGUAUGAUUCAAUGUACCAUGUAUUUUUCAGUAUUUUUUACAUUUUUAUGUGUAUAUAAACACAUUUGUAGUAUAUUUUCAGUGAUUGCACUAAAUUGUAAAAUUCAAAGAAAUCUACAGUUUCAAUUGUGAUAAAAUUAAAUCCGUCCUCAAUAAACAUUCCGCCACUGUGAACAUAAUUUGUGUACCGUCCAUUUUUCAUAUUUGUUGUACAGUUGAUUGUGAAA